UUUGGUGGAUUUCGGGUCAUGGCGCCGGUUGGAGCAGAGGUCAGCGGGUCGUUCUUGCUUUCAUCAGAUGUGAUCAUUCUGUUCGUCCUCCUCCUCCUGCUCUCCGUCUUCCUGGCGGCUCUCUGCACUGACUGCAUCAGACAUUCAUUUGAGCUGCAAGAUGCAAAAGUGGAAAAACAUCCUUCUGUUCUCAUCAAUGUGGUGAAGCUGGAAGACUCCAUGACGGCGAGAGAGAAUCCCGUCCUCCACGAGAUUCAGAGUGAUGAAAAAGAUGUUCAGACCAAUGGCAGCACAGCAGGAAAGAGGACAGGAAGUGACUCUGACACUGCUGCCGAGUCAAAUGAGGAUGAAAACUCAAUCAGCUUCAUUCCCUGGAGGAGCCACCUGGUGGUGUCACAACCUCAUGUUCUAAACCGGGAGCCGUGCGAAGCCCCGCCUCUCACCUCCACUUCUUCAGACUCCACCCCCAUUUACCAUGUUGUGGGGGCAACCCAGAGUGAAACCCUCCCACCUUCACUAGCAACCAAUCACAAACCAGCUCCUACUUGGCACAGUGAGGACGGUGGAGACAAGCUCAAUGAAGACGUGAGGGACACAAACAGCAGGAAUACCUAUGCAAGAAUUGACAGGAAGGAGAAGAGUCCAACGCCGCUCCCUGUCCGUCACACAAAGGAAGAGCAGUGGGCGGAGUCUUCACCUCCGCUACCCAAUCGAAAGGCAGUGCUGGAGACAUGACGGACGGAGAAGACAAACUGUACAGGAAUAGAGGACAAUGAUUAAAAAAACCUAAACAAAACAAACAAAAAAAAGAUAAGCAAUGUGAGCUCACGUCCUUCAAACUGGUUUG